UCUACAGAUGCAGGGAGGGGCACACAGGUACCCAUAAAAACCUGCCCCACCACUUGCAGUCGGGCUUUGGUCGGAGCAAUGGAGGCAGCUGCAUGCAGCCAAGACAGGCCUGGGGAAGGCUGAACCAUGGAGCGUCUCCGCUCCCCACUGGCCCUAGCACUGCUGGCGAUAACCCUGCUGCAGGGUGCUCAGGGGAGUUGGAAUCAGACAGGGUGCGGCCAGCCCAGGAUCUCCGGCCGGAUUGUGGGGGGAGGGGACGCCCCAAGGGGCCGGUGGCCGUGGCAGGUCAGCAUCCAGCACAAUGGACACCACUUUUGCGGCGGGUCCCUCAUCUCAGCCCAGUGGGUUGUGUCAGCUGCUCACUGCUUCCAAUUGGCUUUCCCCCAGUCUGCCUAUCGUGUGAACCUCGGGGAGCACCAGCUGUUCAACCCCUCCCCAAGCCGGCUUUCAUCCCCUGUGCGCCAGAUCAUCGUCCACCCCAAUUACAACAGGGGGACCCAUUCAGCCGACAUUGCCCUAGUGCAGCUCACGGAGCCAGUGCGAUACACCGAUGAAAUCCUCCCCAUCUGCUUGCCAGGCCCCUCCGACUCCUUCCCUGGCAACCACACAUGCUGGGUCACCGGUUGGGGGAGAAUAGCCUCUGAGGUCUCUCUCCCGCCCCCCAAGGCGCUGCAGGAGGUUCAGGUCCAGCUGAUCGACACUGCAGCCUGCAACACCCUCUACAACAUCAACCCAGCCCCGAACAUCGGCAGGGACCCCGUCAAACCCGAUAUGAUCUGUGCCGGCUACGCUGAAGGGCAGAGGGACUCCUGCCAGGGUGACUCUGGGGGGCCGCUGGCCUGUGACUACAAUGGGACCUGGUUCCUGAUGGGGAUUGUGAGUUGGGGGGAUGGCUGUGGCCAGUCCAAUCGUCCCAGUGUCUAUGUCCGGACAGUGGCCUACGGUGAAUGGAUAUGGGGGCACGUGGUCUCCGGGGGCCAAGCCACCACCAUGGAGAACAGCACCUCUGGAAUAAAUGGUGCCAGACCCUCAUUCAGCACCUACACACUUCUCUUCACUACUCUCUUGAUGUCACUGUGACCCCCCUUCCAUUGGGAUGCCCCCCCAUCCCUCCCUCCUCCAUUCACCCAGCAGUGAAACCCUCCACUGUCUUGGGGCAGUGUGAGAUGGAGAUGGGAGAGGAUCUGAGACCUAUCAGCAAUGCCUGAGUCUGCAGAGAGCCUGACCCAAUUGCAGUGAGAAGGGAGAGCUGCCCUGAGUGUGACUGAGAGCAACACUGCCUGAGUCUGCAGAGAGCCUGAGCUGACUGCUUGGAGAGGAGGGGCACUGCUCCAAGCACCUCUAUGGGGCAGCGCUUGGACAUGCAGAACAAG